UCAACUGAAAGUGUAUGUUUACAUUUUCUCUAUAAGCUUUAUCCUAAAUGUAUCAAGUUUUACUAAUAAUUUUAUGUUAAUUCCGACUAUUUUCAGUUUAUUGUACAAACAUACAAGCAUCCACUUAAACGAGAAUAAACUAGUUAUAAUUUUACAACAAUGGAAGUGAAUAGGCCUAGGAAGAAAAUUCUUAUCAUUAGACCAGAAUCAAAAGCUCCUCCAGAACGUAUACAAAAGAACUUGGAACCUAUGUAUCAAAAUAUUGAAAAGAAGAAGUAUGCUCAAGAUUGCUACUACAGCAACCAUUGUCCCAAUAUAAGUCCACUAAAAAGAGCAAGCAAAGGUCCAGUACAUGAAAGACUUGGAAUAAAUAGAAAACGUAGACGAAUGUAUGACAUGCCUUACGGCACCAACACAUCCCUACUAGGUCCAAAAAGAAGGACAUUAAAAACAACUGCUAAUAACUAUACCGCACAAAAUCGCCUGCAUCGUAUUAAACAAAGUUUUAGACAAAACAAACGUAUGCCAAGAAAUCUACUUAUUAAGGUUCCAAAUAUUCCAAAUACUCCAGUUGCUAGUAAAAAAUUUAAAAUGUUGCUGAAUCCUACGUUACAAAGUGAUAUUCGAUUAUUGCAAAGUAGUUAUAAUUCUGAGCCUUUGAUGUGUUAUUUAGAAGACUUUAGACCUACGUCUGCAGGAACAGGGAUAAGCACAAAUGACAGAUUUACUCAGUUAUGAAAUAAUUUUGUUUAACUGGGUAUUUUGUAAAGUCACUUGGUGCACAGAGAGUUAUUAGGUUUUGUAUUUUUAACACAAUUUUCAAAAAAGCACCAUGUGUUUCUAUUUUGCAGCAUAUCCAAUGGUGAAGAAUUGUUGAUUUUUUCUUUUCUUUGUUUUGGUCUUAAGAUCGAUAUUUUUUAAGAGUUUUCAGUGAUAUGAAAAUCUAUAUGUCCAAAGUUUUAUGAAUAAAUGUUUAUUUAUAUA